GCAGCCCUAUUGUCUGAAUGCAGAAGGAGGAGAAUAAGCUUUUGUCGCUGCUGUGAAGAUUGAGCUUCACCCCAGACUGUAACUUCCUUCUGUCUAACAUCUAGUAUUUGAAGAUAGAAGUUUCAAAUCAACAAAUGAAGGACUUCUGCCCAAAACAUCAACACUCCUGCUCCUCAGAUGCUGCCUGACCUGAUGUGCUUUUCCAGCACACUUCUCGACUCACUGUACAGCAUCUGCAAUCCUUGCUUUGACAUCAAUAUCUGACAGUCACUCAAUCCAUCAGGACCUCAGCAAUUUUCAACUUAGAUUCUGUGAGAAGGAGCAAAGCUUUUUGGUUCCUGUUUCAGUACAUUUUCAGUGGGACUGGAUGAGAGACCCGACUGUUGAACCACACUGAGUGUGGAGCAUGGAUGAGUGAUACGGCCUGGAACGAGGAAUUCACGGCGGGGAGGGGCUAUACACAUGUUUGUGUGCAGGUGAAGCUUUGGCCAUGGAGAAUCCCGAGGAAUCUCGCCCUGUGGAGAAACCAUGGAAGUGUGGCGACUGUGGAAAAUGCUUCCGUGUCCCGUCUGCCCUGGAGAUUCAUCAGCGCAGUCACACCAGGGAGAGGCCAUUCUCCUGCACAGAGUGCAGAAAGGGUUUUACCCAGGCCUCCACCCUGCUGAGGCACCAGCAGGUCCACACGGGGGAGAGGCCAUUCUCCUGCCCCGAGUGCAGCAAGGGCUUUACCCAGGCUUCCUCCAUGCUGAGGCACCAGCGGCGCCAUACGGGGGAGAGGCCAUUCAGGUGCCCUGAGUGUGGGAAGGGCUUUACCCGGGCCUCCAUCCUGCUGACUCACCAGCGGGUCCACACUGGAGAGAGGCCAUUCCCCUGCCCAGAAUGCGGGAAGGCCUUCAGCAAUUCCUCCCACCUUCUGAUCCACCGGCGUGUCCACACGCGGGAGAGGUCCUUCAGCUGUCCCGAGUGUGGGAAGAGAUUCAGUCAAGUGGGCACCUUGCGGAAGCACCAGCUGCUCCACGCCGGGGAGAGGCCCUUCAGCUGCCCCAAGUGCUGGAAAGCUUUCAGCGAUUCCUCUGCCCUGCUAAGGCAUCAGCUAGUCCAUACUGGGGAGUGGCCUUUCAGGUGCCCCGAGUGCGGGAAGGGCUUUAGCGAUUCCUCUAAUCUCCAGACCCACCGGCGGGUCCACACGGGGGAGAGACCCUUCAGUUGCCCCGAGUGCGGGAAGGCCUUCAGCGAUUCCUCUAAUCUUCAGACCCACCGGCGGGUUCACACGGGGGAUAGGCCCUUCAGUUGCCUCAAGUGCAGGAAGGCCUUCACCUGCUCCUCCCUCCUGCGGAGGCACCAGCGAGUUCAUUUGUCAUCGCAGGGGUUUGAAGGAACGAUGGCCUAGACUCACAACCGAGUUCCGGCAAAUCCUGCCACGGAAGAUGGCGGAAUUGGAAUUCGGUCAGAAACCUGGAGUUCAGUAUUUAACGAUGAAACCAUUUUUGGUGGUGAAGAAAACCAAAACUCAGGAAUUCCUGAAGAAGGACUCAUGUCCGAAAUGUCGAUUCUCCUGCUCCUUGGAUGCUGCCUGACCUGCUGCGCUUUUCCAGCAACAUGUUUUCAGCUCUGGUCUCCAGCAUCUGCAGUCCUCACUUUUUCCAGUUACAAAGGGAUAACUAGGUGCUGACCAAUAGUAAAGAAAGUGGGAGGAAGUGUGUGGGUUUUGACCUUGAGCUGUUUAAAAACAUAUCAGUUACUUUUUUCUAUGCCAUUUUGCUGAGGGGAUCUGAAGCUGUAACAAAGUUGGGUCACAAAGGUUACCUGAACUUACCAUCGGGCUCAGACUCACAUUGAAAGCUUUGAGCUCCAAGUGAUUUUUGUUUUAAAGCUGCUCAUUUCUUUCAGCUUCACUAAGUUUCCAAUGUUGUGUAUCAGAUGGAGCAGUGAAUGAGGAGCUUGUAUCAUUAGAAAUUGUAAAUUUUUCAGGAGUGCAGGUACUGUAUCAUUUCAUCAGCAUUGUAACGUUUACUGGCAGCACUGGGAGGUGUGGGAUGCGUUCGCUAGAAACUGUUUUGAGGAGCCGGUCUUGGACUGGGGUGGAUAAAGUUAAAAAUCACGCAACACCAGUUUAUAGUCCAACACAUUUAUUUGAAAGCACUAACUUUCGGAGCGCUGCUCCAUCAUCAGGUAGCUGUGGAGCAGGAUCAUAACACACAGAUUUUAUAGGAAAGGAUCACAGAGUCAUGCAACUGAUAGGCUAUAUUGAACAAACAUAGAUUGCUGUUAAGUCUUUCAUCUUUUCGAAUGGGUUGCAGGUUUCCUUAAUGUAUAAAUUCCAGAAUUUAUUUUAAGUUACAAUCUCAUGAUGACAUAAGGUUUUAUAAAAAUAGGUGACUUCUCAGCUCAGACAAUGCAUGUCAGAUGUGAGGUUUGAGUCUGUCUGUAUCCCAAUCU